AUGCCGAGGAGACGGUAUAGACUGUUCACGGUCUUUGCCGUAGUCAUUGUUAUUUUAUUAUAUCGUGUGUUGCAAAACUCUUGGGAAGCGCAACAGCCACGACCUGUUGUCGGUGUUGAACAGACAAAGGUGUCGCCCAAGGUUCCACCGUCAAAUCACGAUGCGCCCGUUGGACCCCCGAAAGAGCAAAUCCCAUUGAAAGACGAGAACAAAGGGAAACCGACGACCGAUCGCAUCGCCCAGAAGGUAGACAGUGAAGGCUCUGUCGGUGCCAAGAAACCCUUGCAGGAAGGCGACGAUGCCGGCGAUGAAGCGAAGAAAGGGGACUCGUCUAAAGAUGCUCAAAUUAAGGAGCCCAGCGUUGGCACCUUGCCAGAAAUAGAUUCGACGUCAACAUCCGGCAUUAAAACGAACAAAAUCCAAAAUGAGGAGGUCCCUUUGCAGAAACCCCCAACCGACAGCAAAUCCGACGAAACUACAAGUGUUCUAUCUCCUAAGCCAACUAAAGUGCACUGGGUGAAGCCCAAAGAGCAUUUCCCGCUUCCUAAGGAGAGCAUCAUUACUCUGCCGACUGGCACUGCGAAAAAGAUACCCCGGAUUCAACAUGUCUUCUUCCCCGAGGCUGAGGGCCCCAAAAAGAAGCGCCUCCAAAGACAGGCCAUGGUUAAGGAAGAAAUUCGGCGAUCAUGGGCCGGGUAUAGAAAGUAUGCGUGGAUGCAUGACGAAUUAACGCCUGUUACCAAUCGUUCCCGAGAUCCUUUCUGUGGUUGGGCUGCUACGUUGGUUGAUUCUCUCGACACCCUCUGGAUUGCCGGUUUGAAGGACGAGUUCGACGAAGCCGCAAAGGCGGCCAAAAGCAUUGAUUUUACCUAUACUAACCGUUUCGAAAUUCCCGUUUUUGAAACUACCAUCCGAUAUCUGGGCGGCCUCAUAGCAGCCUUUGAUGUCAGCGGCGGUGCAUCAGGGGGUUACGGCUUCCUCCUAGACAAAGCAGUCGAGCUUGCCGAAAUUUUAAUGGGCAUUUUCGACACUCCAAACAGAAUGCCACUCUUAUUCUACCAGUGGAGACCCGAGUCUACCUCGGAGCCUCACCGAGCUGGCCGAGUCGGCAUGGCAGAGUUGGCAACUCUUUCCAUGGAAUUUACUCGCUUGGCUCAGCUAACAGCGCAACACAAGUACUACGAUGCGAUUGAUCGCAUCACAAAUGGACUCAUCGAACUGCAAAAGAGAGGCACAACGAUGCCUGGGCUUUUCCCUGAGAAUCUGGAUAUUUCCGGUUGUAACAGAACCGCCACAAACGAGCGAGACGCCAUGAGCAGGGCAGCCAAGGCUCAGGUGGAUUCAGAGAAAGAUUUGGACGAACCCGAAGGAUAUGUUGGAGGCAGCAGUGCUAAAGACUCCAGUCAUGCUGAAAAGGGAAAGAACCUUGACGACCGCCUUGAGCGUCGGGCUCCUCCUCCUCCACAACAAAAGGAUGUUGAUGCUGCUCUAUCAUCUGUAAAGCCAAGCAGAGCAAAAGCUCAAUCAAAGUCGCAAAUCCCUCUAAGAGCAGACGGAAGCGAGUCAGAGUGGGAUUGUGUUCCCCAGGGGUUUGUACCGUCGGGCUUCGGCUACGAAAGCUAUCACAUGGGCGGUGGGCAAGAUUCAGCGUACGAGUAUUUCGGCAAGGAAUACUUGUUGCUAGGCGGGAAAGAACCAAAGUACCAAAAGUUGUACGAGGAUGCCAUUGACAGCAUCAACAGGCAUCUGCUCUUCCGGCCAAUGGUUCAAGGGGACUGGGACAUCAUUUUUCCAGCUAAGGUAGGACUGAAACCUGAUGGUGCGUCCCCAGACGUCGACUACGAAGUCACUCACUUGACCUGUUUCAUUGGCGGCAUGUACGCCCUUGGCGGAAAGCUCUUUGGCCGUGAAAAAGACGUUGAGUAUGCUAAGAAGUUCACCAAUGGCUGUGUCUGGGCAUACCAAUCCACAGCUACCGGAGUCAUGCCCGAGUACGGACAAGUUGUUCCCUGCCCAAGUUUUGAAAAGUGCAGCUUCAACGAAUCUCUGUGGUGGCAGCAACUCGACCCAAUGUUUGACAGACGAGAUCAGCAAGUCCUUGAUUGGGAGAAGGACGAAUCAGAGCGCGAGCGAACCAACAAGGAGGAAGCUGAGCGCCAAAAGGCAGAAUUGGGGAAGGAAAACUCGACUCGAGAAGAUGCAUCAUCCGACGAAGCCAACAAGGGUCACACUUCUUCGCAAGACAGCAGCAACGCCAACUCAGCGUCUUCUUCCACUACGGAUAAGUCUAAUUCAUUGGAAAAGAGAAGCCCAUUGUCUGUCGAGCCUGAAAAUGUCGGUUUCAUAUCUUCAGAUGGGACGAGCUCACAGAGCACCAGCAGCAAAAAGAGCACCGCUGAUGACGAUGGUCCGUCCAAAAAGGGCAAGUCAGAUGAAUCCGGGGAUUCUGCCCGGAAGCAAAAGUCCUCCGCCGAGCCGACCCUCAAAAUUCCUGUUUUGAAGGAGGAGUACCACUCUCGGCCGAAAGCGCCGAGCAUCCCUCCAAACCGUGCCCAUGGUUCUGGGUGGUCAUCAAAGCCACUGACGCACAAAGAGUAUGUGCAAGAAAAGAUCAAGGAUGGUAUGCCCCCUGGCUACAAGUCGGUUGGAUCUACAAAGUAUAUUCUUCGACCGGAAGCCAUAGAAUCAGUCUGGUACAUGUAUCGUAUCACGGGCGAUUCAAGUUGGAUGGAGAAAGGCUGGGCCAUGUUUGAAGCCACCAUGGAGGCAACCCGCGCACCUCAAGCCAACAGCGCCAUUGACAAUGUCCUCCUCAAGGACCAUAUCCUUCUUAACGAGAUGGAAAGCUUUUGGCUCGCAGAGACUUUGAAGUACUAUUACCUGCUGUUUUCUGGCCCUGACGUCAUCAGCCUGGACGAAUGGGUUCUCAACACGGAAGCGCAUCCUUUCAAACUGUAG